AUGAAGCCCGAGCCAAAGUUUAAUGAACCACUAGAUCAGUACCUGCCACUUCAGUCCGCAACAAACAAAGUAAUCUUACAAUGUGUAGACAAGCAAGCUGCCCGACCUGUCGUAUGUUUCUCACCCCGCCCUCCUCUUAUUCUACAUCAUACUAAUAUCGGCGGUGCGGCAGAGAAGGAAACCUGGUUCGGCUGCGGUCAACACUUACCUUCCGUCUUCUCUUCGAUCCCUGCCGAUCAAGAAUGUACCUGCAUACCAAAGUUUGAGAAGGACGGGGUCCAAUAUCCACCGAAAGUUGGUACCGGCACAGCACAGGAUGCCGGAGAGGAGGGGGAUGUUGUCAUACACGAUUUAAAGCGCGAUACAUGA